AGGUGUGUGGUUUCACAGCGUCCACGCGCUCAAGUCAGCCAAUACGAAGUGACGCCACCGGUCCCGGUUGAGCUGUAGUGUUGCUGGUUGUUUUAAGUAUAAACUUCAAGGUGAGAAGAAUCCGAAACAACAUGGGGAAGCUGAAUUUUUAUGUCCUCUACUCCCUGCGUGACGCCCCUCGCCCGUUCCACAGCAAAUCCAACCGAAGAUGCUUCCAAGUCCACGUGCCCCUGCCUCUACCCAAACAGCUAGUGGUCUUUGGUCUUGGAGAGUGGAAAUGCAUUGACACAACAAUCUCUGUAGAGGUUGUGGUCAGUGCUGAAGUGCCUGCGGAGAAAAUAGGGACCCUGACAUCUCAAGCAAGGUGCCUGACCUGGGAGGGCGAGUGGAGCUCUGAUAUCGUCUCAGUAGCAGCAGAGAGAAGCAGAAGAGGAGUUUAUGGCAAGAUUGUGCUUACAGUGUGUGGAGAGGUAGGCAUACAGGACAAAUCCAGUAUCUUCAGCAGCACUCCUCUGGUUCAAAGGAAAUGUCUGUUCCCAGACAAGCACAAUGCCACUGAUCUCUCUUCCACAUUACAUCAAAGCAUUGCAAAUGAAACGAUAGCUGCUGAUGUGUCACACUUGGGUGAAAGUGUUUCUUAUGUAGAGAUCCAAGUGAACAAAAUCGACACCAGUAUUUCCACCACAGGAAGUAAAACCUCAGUCUGGCCUCCGGAGAAGACACCUAGACCUACAGUUAUCAAUAAGAGACGCCACCUAACAUGGAGUUUAGAAGACAUGGACAGACUUUCCGAGGACACUGUCCGGCCUUCAACCCCCAAGAAAAUGAGGCUGUCCAGUAUAAACAGCCAAGAGGACAUUUCUGUGCAGAUUAAGACUGAGAACAGGGAAGUUUCAGCCUGCCCAUCACAGCGCUGGAGCCACACGAUGUGCCUGAGUGACCCUGACACAGCCAUCCUCAUCGGAGGGGAGACAGAAGAAGAGAGCUACUGCAAGGACUCCCUGUGGAAGUUUGAGUUAGACAAUGACUUCUGGUUCCCCAUGAACUCCUCUUCUCCUGGACCUGUACCCCCAUGUGCUCGUGGACACUCAGCGACCUAUGACCCGGAUUCUAAGUCGGUCUUUGUUUAUGGUGGCCUGAUGGAGGAUCAGCACUACAGCGAACUCUACAUCCUUGAUACUCUCACCUGGAAGUGGAAGCUUGUCACUGCAAAGGGGAAUGUUCCAAAUCUGGCCUAUCACUCUGCAGCUUUUUACAAGAAAGAGCUUUUUGUCUUUGGUGGAGUGAAGCCAAGUCACUCAUCUGAGGAUAAAUCCUGCAGUAAUGCUCUGUACAUCUUCAACCCAGAGUUUGAACUCUGGUAUCAGCCUAUUGUGGAGGGAGACAGACCUCUGCCUCGGUUUGGACAUUCAGCUUCAUUAAUGUCACAUAAGUUGAUAAUAUUUGGAGGGCGGACGACGGCUACCUUCCUUAAUGAUCUUCACAUUCUAGAUCUGGGAUUCAUGGAGUACACAGCUGUGAAGUGUGAAAACAUGCCGCCACUGCCUCGAGGGUUUCAUGCAGCUGUACCAGUGUCAGACAACAGGAUUUUAAUCAGUGGAGGCUGCAGUACAAUUGGAGCCCUGCAGGAUGUUCAUAUUUUCAACACUAACACCAACAUGUGGAGCUCAGUGGCAUCAUCUCUGCUCUGCGCCAAGCCUCGUGCAGGACACAGCAUGGUGCGUUUGGGCUGCUCCCUCAUAACAGAUGCUGAGAAACAGCAAGGCAAAAAUGUCCUUGUAAAAUGCAGCUUGCUGGUGUUUGGUGGAUCAGACUGCUCCGGUAACUUCUACAACGACACAGUGAAGUGCACAGUAGAGAUUCCCGGUGACAAGUGAUUGAUUCAUGCAGAAGGAAUCCAAAUAGGACAAAUGUUUUUAGAACUUGUUAAUAUUUUGUUAUCUGUCCUGACAGUAUGAGACAUUGGAGUAUCUCAAUGUUUAUAUAUCUGUUCCAGUUUUUUUUCUGUGGUUGUUUGUUUUAACACUUUUUGUACGUCUUUUUUUCUCUUUAUAACUCAUAACUUCUUUUUAGAAGUCUUUUAAUAACCAUUCAUUCUUUAUCCACAUAAUUAACAUGCUGUAACCAGGGAAAUGAGAGGUUUCAAAAUUUGCAUAGCAAAUCUGAUCUGAGUGUUUUACACAUUAGGUUAUGACCUUUAUCUUGUCCCCAUAUCAGUGUAUUUGAGAUACGCUGAUAUGUGUAAAGGCAAAUGCUAAUAAAUCUUUUAAACUCAAA